CUUGCUGCUUUUCUCGAGAAAAAAGUCGGACGUCUUCUUUCCUCACUGCCGUGUACAAGAAGAAGAAGAGGUCCGACGUCCGCCGAAGACACUGAAAGUCCUUUUACAGUGAGUAGAGCCGAGGAAGACAGAUUAAAAUUUGAAGCGGUGAGGCGGAAGCUAAAAGCUUGGGGUGAAAGGAGCACCUUCCACGGGAUCGACGUGCUUAUGGAAACUCCGCCUGAUUGGCGUCGUGUGUUUGUCCUCGUGUUUUUGAUCCUAGUGAUUGCUAUUUGUUGGAUUUGUUGUGGCAAGAUGAUUUUAGGAUUUCUGAAUAUGUCUAUUGCAACGGUCAUUAGCCAAGACAUGCAUGAAUUCCGUUUUCCAGCCAUCACGAUUUGUCCCGACAGCCCAUUCUCCAUGGAGGAACUGCAGGCCAAAUUGAAUGCAUUCGAUGAGUAA